CACGGAACCGCAUAUUUAAGCACGGGAAAUUGAACAUGUUGAUUAAAUAUCAUGUUCAUAACCAUCCGGCCCUGUGGGUCACUGUAACGGCAGACGUGAAAAACAGCGGUUGUUGUGUUUGUGCGGAUGUGAUUAAACAUACACAUUUAUCCCACCACGUCUCGAUUUGCAAUUGCGCAAUGGAUAUACUUGAUACUUAAUUUAAUCUCCCAUAUCGGAGGGGUUGUAUAAUGUACAAUCGACAAUAUGUGUGCGUAUUGGCCGCACUGUGCACAUGUAUCGUACUGGCCAAUGGGCAAGUGGAGUUCAAUGUGACAUUCGUCGUGUGCAUGACAUCGGGCCCGUAUCUGGCGUACAGCUACGGAUAUUUUGGUCCGGCGAUCGAGAUGGCCGUGGAGGAACUGAAUAAAAUGUUCCCGCGCUUCAAUUUUAAUAUGGUCAACAUUUCCCCGCCCAAUGCGACAACCUGUCCAGAUUUGGACGCUGUGGUGGCCAACUUGAUUACAAAGUAUUUCGCUCGUGAACCAGCCGGCAUAAAGGAGUGGGAUGAUCAGGGUGAUAAUUCGAUUCUUGUUCUGGUGGGAAACGGGUGUAGUGAUUCUCUGCGCCCAACGGCGGAUCUUGGUCGAGAAUGGAAUAUUCCGGUAGUAUCCAGUGGCGGUUCAGCGAAUGAUCUGCUGAAUAAAACCCGUUUUCCGACACUGAUGCGUUUUUUGCCCUACCAACAAAAAGGCGUAGUAGAUACGUUGAUAGAAUUCCUGAAACGCUAUGAUUUCAAAGAUACUACUCUAAUAUGCGAUGUGCGGCCCGAUUUGGGAAAUUUUUUCAAACUGGCCUGGGAAGGCUGGGAGAAGGGUGUGAAGAGCACACCCGGUAUGAGCAUUAUUAAAUAUGAAGUCAAUACACAGACCGACAAAGUCGAUUUCGGCUACUGGCUGCAUAUGGCCAGUCUGAGCAGCAGAGUGAUUCUUCUUGUUGCUCAUGGAAAUACAACGCGAAACAUCAUGGUUAUCGCGAAGAGAAUGGGAAUGACAAAUGGAGAUUAUGUUUUCAUUACGGUGUAUCCGGAGGCACAUCCCUUAUAUGGCUAUUACAAAUGGCAGUUCCAGGAUGACGAUGACGACGAUGCUAAACAAGCCUUCAAGUCGUUGUAUUAUAUUUCAACACGCCCACUGGAAGGCCCAAAUUACCGCAAGUUCAAUCUCAAUCUCAAGGCUAAAACGAUGGGAUCCACCGGUUAUGUGUACGAGGCCGAAGAGAAUGUGUCAGCAUUCACAUCUCUGCAGUAUCAGGUUAUCUUAUUUACCGGGCAGUUGAUCAACAUGACAAUACCACCUGGCACAAAUUUAAGUACUGGCAAUAAAGGCGACCAGAUCAUCCGACCGACACAACUGAGAAACAGUUCUAUUCUGGUUAAAUCCCCGAAUAUCGGGGAUUUUUAUUUCGGCAACAGCGACCGGAAGGAGUAUGUGUACAUAAUUAAGGCGAUGGACCACUCCCAUUUUACAUUCGACGAUGUGUUCACCUACAAUACGCUCGUUAAUCAACUGGUACCGGUUCCUGGAAAAAACAUUACAUGGGCCUUCCGGGGCACUUCACCGCCACCCAACCGCCCAAAGUGUGGCUUUGAUGGAGAUGACGAUAUAUGCCAAGUUUCAGGAGGGAGUAUUGCCGGCAUUGCCAUUGGGAUUUGCUGCGUACUACUUCUGGUGAUUCCUGUCUACAUUUAUAUUGUCAGGCGCAUGAAGAAAGAUGAAAUGACGGACAACCGAUGGUUUAUUCCUUACGAAGAAAUCACUUUUAACAAAGCCAAAUCCUCACACAGCGCUUCCAAUACUUUUAGUAAGCACAGUAUUCAAGCGAGAUCCGGUCGGACGUCGGCCAAUACCAACUCUCAAAUGGCCUCCAUAAACCUCAGCGGAAGUAUCAUGCAAUCCGAACACGUGGGCGUGUACAAUGGUCAGCGACUGUGGAUGCGAAAACGUCUGCUGCGCCAUCGGUUUGAUCUCAAUUCCAGGCAACUAAAGCUUAUACUGCGUAUGAAGCGCACAACUACCGCUAAUUUAGCUCGCUUUCUUGGAUUCUGUCCGAUAGCCGAUACGGAGAUCGGUGUUCUAAUGGAAGUGUGCUCACGUGGCAGUUUAAUAGACAUCAUCAACAGUGAAACUAUCCACUUUGAUCUUCCACUCAAGAUUUCCUCCAUUUUAGAUAUCUGCAAGGCUAUAAAUUAUCUGCACAGUUCUGCCAUCGAUCAUCACGGCUCCUUGUCUUCCCGUAACUGCCUUAUGGAUAACCGUUUCGUUCUGAAAGUGGCAUAUUAUCGCCUAGAUGUCCUGCCAUUAAAACCGCCUGAUUUCAGUAAAGAAGAUCCCGCCGAUCGGAAGUUCUUAACCUUUGCACCGGAAAUGCUGCGCAAUGUCCUGAAUAUCUAUGCCGCUUCCAAGGAGGCCGAUGUGUACGCCUUCGCAUACAUAUUAGUGCACAUUAUGUCGGAAAUUGAGCCAUUCCAGACUGAAAUGGAAAUCGACAUGUUUACCAUCAAAGGCAUUAUCGAUCGCCUUAUGGCCAACAGUGUUGUUGCCUUCCGGCCAAAAAUUCCGGAAAAAGGCAUGCUGACCCCACUGCGCAUGCUCACCGAAAAAUGCUGGGAGGAGAAGCCGGCUUCCCGUCCCAGCAUCGAGUACAUCAACAAGUAUAUCAAAUCCGUGCCUGGCUUCGAGAAGGACGCCAAUUUUGUGGAUGACCUUCUGCAGCGUUUAGCCGGAUUGGCGCAGGUCCUGGAAGCUCGCAUCGAAGUAGCUACACGUGACACUAUGGAAGAGAAGCGCAAAUCGGAUGAACUGCUGUAUCAGGUUUUACCCAUGCAUGUGGCGCAUGCGCUCACACAUGGUCAGAAAAUCGAUCCGGAAGCGUUCACACUGGUAACCAUUGGUUUCACGGCCUUGGAGGAUUUCGUGGAUAUCGCCUUCAGUAGCACACCCUUACAACUUGUCACUGUACUGAAUAACCUUUACACGUUGUUUGACAACAUGCUACAAUUGUUCGAUGUGUACAAAGUGGAGACAAUUUCCGAUUCCUAUAUGAUUGCCAGCGGAUUGCCUGUCAGGAAUGGCAAUAAUCAUUCCAGUGAGAUUGCCAAAUUCUCCUUGGCCUUGAUGAAAGAAUCCCAUUCGUUUACCGCGCACAAUGAGGGCCGGAAAGAAAAGAAACCAUUACAGCUGAAAAUUGGUUUCCACACCGGUUCAUGUGCGGCCGGCAUUGUAGGAAAUAAAAUGCCGCGAUAUUGUUUAUUCGGGGACACGAUCAACACGGCGUCCCGAAUGACAUCUAGCGGAAAAGCCUUGAAAAUUCAAGUCAGCCACGAAACGAGAGGACAUCUACAAACUUACGCCGGCGUGUACCGGUUUGAGUUCAGAGGACUGAUGGACAUCAAGGGGAAAGGUCAGAUGCGCUGCUACUGGUUGCUGCAAGAGCACGAAACGGAACCAUCGAAUCCUGGAGCUUCCAUGGAUGCCUUGAAUAAUGUUGCACAGGAUCCUAAGAUCACAUAACAUAUACACACUGGACCUGGCGGUCCAUGCACUGAUCAUCUAAGCUUGCUGGUUUGCUGUGAUUUUUAAAAUUAUUUAAAAUGAAUGAGAAAGUGUGUUUAGUAUUAAACUUAACAAAUUAAAAUAUUUUACGGGGCACAGUGUUAGCAAAAACAAUCUUUUGCGAUUGCAGAAGUGAUUAA